AUUUAAAAAAGGGGCAAUCUUUACCAGGCACAAGAGGAGAAACAGUAACGCCCUCUGUUAAGAUAUAAAGCAGAAGCAGGAAACUCCCUGGUCAUGUACUUCGGAAAGCUUAAACGCUUCAACACGCAUCAUAAUCAUCAGCUCCCUUUAAUAUUCACCACUGAAAUUUGAAGCCACUUUGUUCCAAAACCGAGAAUAUUACUUGUAUGUCCGUAUAUACCCGAUAAAAGAUGUCUGAUGCAGACGAAUAUUCUCCGGCGGCUGAGUCAUUUUCCUGCUUAAACGAGCUUGCAACUUCAAGAAAAAAGAGGAACAAGGGUAACAAGAGAAGGUUCAGUGAUGAACAGAUCAGAUCGUUGGAACUGAUUUUUGAAAAUGAAACGAGACUUGAGCCACGAAAGAAACUACAGUUGGCUAGAGAACUUGGGUUGCAGCCGCGACAGGUAGCAAUAUGGUUUCAAAACAAGAGAGCUAGAUGGAAGUCGAAGCAGCUUGAACGAGAUUACAACAUACUGCAAACCGAUUACGAUAAUUUGGCUUCCCGGUUUGAAUCUCUGAAGAAAGAAAAACAGGCCUUGGUGAUUCAGUUGCAAAGAAUGAAUGAUUUAUUGCAAGAACCACGAGGAGAAAGGCAGAGUUGUGGGCAAGAUGAAGCUGUCAACAGCAUGGACAGUGAAUUAGACGAUGGAGAGGCCAGAAACACAAAGUGUGAAUCAGAAGUGAAGCCGGGUCUGUCCCUUGAGAUAUCAGAACAAAGAGUUGGUGUCCUGUCUGAUGAUGAUAUAAGUAUAAAGGCUGAGUAUUUUGCACUUGAAGAAGAGCCCGAUCUUAUUCCCAUGGUGGAACCUGCCGAGAGUUCAUUGACUUCACCAGAAGAUUGGGGGAAAUUUGAGCCCGAUGAUCUCUUCGAUCAGUCUAGUACUGGAUACCAGUGGUGGGAUUUCUGGUCUUGAAUAAUUAAGAAUCAAAAUAGCAUAAAGGAAUUGUAUGCAAAUAAUCUUCCUUAUGGUUGAUGUGACAAAAUUGUUGGAGACAUUUUCAGAGAAUUUUCGGAUUACGAAGUAAAUUUCACUUUCUAUCAGUGCCACUCCUUAAAAGCUGUGAAUUUCUACGAUCCGUGGAAGUAGAAAGUCUUCAAGCAGGUCUUGUAAUAUGCUGGAAGUUGGAGAUAAUGAGUAACAUGUGAGGCGGAAAGACAGAGAGAGAAAGGGAGAGCUUGAUUCUGCGCAACUAAUCACUACAAAAGAUGUGCUCGUUCUUCCAUAACAUUGAAGAAAGUGAAAAUGUGUUCAGCAAUAAACCCAGACCCUGUUUUAGUGCCUAAACUUCAAUUUUAGUUGUUUUUAUUUUGAUGUCA